AUGUGGUGGCCACUUGCUCGACAAAACAACCUCACAUCAUCCAUGCACCUUAACAAUGGCAAGCGAUCUCAUCGAGCAUGGUGCAUAUUGUACGACUUACCGGAGGAUGUUUUGAUUGUGCUACUCCAAUACCUGGAUUUUGUAUCAUUGAUGAACCUUGCACAUACAUCAUGGCGUCUGCGACCUGUAGUGUGUUGUGUAUUACGGCAUUAUCUACUACCAAAGAUACAAGUGGCUACAGUGAUGGACCAAGAGGGAAGGGGGGUUUGGACUUGCCGCUACCAAUUUUAUGGUCUCGACCACGAUGAGCACGAGCCUAGGGCGGUCUUUGCGCCAAUCGAUUCAGCUCAUUGCCAUAAACGAUAUCGAUGCGAUGGAUCGACAGCUGCACCUACACUACGCCAACUUGUUGUCUUUGAUAAAGAGGAAUCCGUAUCGUUGAUGAAGAAGAGUUGUUCACUGUCAACCAAAGCAUGCGGUGGCAUGCAUCGUAUUCAAGUAUUAGAACGACAAGUUGCGCUUUCAUAUAUAUUGCAAUCAGAAGAUACCAAUGAACAGCAAUGUGAUUACUAUCCACCCUCCUCCAACAAGAAAAAUUCAUCAUCCUCAUCCACCACACAGCAAUGCCGUAUUUCACCCAUCGAACUUGCCAUCCAUGUCCCAUUAUUAUCCGGUAACCCAACCCAUCAACAACAUCGAUUCUGGAAUCGGUGUACAUCAUUUCUUGGCGUGUAA